AUGGUGUCAGAGGGCGAGUCAGAGGGUGAUGGUGUCAGAGGGUGGAGUCAGAGGGUGAUGGUGUCAGAGGGCGAUGGAGUCAGAGGGCGAUGGAGUCAGAGGGCGAUGGAGUCAGAGGGUGAUGGUGUCAGAGGGCGAGUCAGAGGGUGGAGUCAGAGGGUGAUGGAGUCAGAGGGUGAUGGAGUCAGAGGGCGAUGGAGUCAGAGGGCGAUGGUGUCAGAGGGCGAUGGAGUCAGAGGGCGAUGGAGUCAGAGGGCGAUGGUGUCAGAGGGCGAUGGAGUCAGAGGGUGA